AUGGUAUUCACUGGUAACACCCUCUCCGGUGGAAUGUGUUUUGGGAGCAGGUACGGUAUAGAGUGCAAUGAGUUCGGCUUUAGGCUCAUCAAUGCUGAUGGUGAUAAGUAUCUCACAGCUGAGCAGUACAAUGAGAAGAUGGUCACGCCUGGCGAGUAG